AAUAAGGAGGGUUUUCUGACUCGUCCCCAUGGGAGCCACAUGAUGGGGUGACAGUCACAGCAGAAAGCACCGUCUGGCCCUGCUUCCCCAUGGCCGUGCUGCCUGGAUGCUAGGCUGGGCCAUGGGGCUGCAGCUCUCCCAGACCUGACCCCCCAGCGGGGGCUGGGUGUUCGGGGUGGCCCAAAUCCUGCCCCAGCAGGAGGUCACGGGGAGAGCAGCCACAGGCAGAUCUGGGGCCCUGUGCUGAGUGCUCCAGGCAUUGCACAAUGACCCCGAACUGCUCAGGCCUAAUCCUGCUGUGCGAUGCUGCUCCUGAAGCAAGCGGGUGCUCAGCCCUCCCUGGGGUGCUGGACUGGCUCAGGGGUCUCCGGCAGGACAGCAGGGUGCCCCUAAGAACAGAUCCAGAGCUGCUGGUCCCCAGAGCUGCUGGUCCCCAGGCUGGGGCUGACUCAGCUCUGCCCCACAGCAUCACGUGAAGCCAGGAGAGAGCUUUUGCCAUACCCCCCCUUCUCCCCCCCCCGUUUCCUCCUUCUCUCCAACACUGUGCAGACCCAGGCGACUGCCAAAAUUUUCCAGCUGCCUCCAACUUCCUCAAUCCAGCGGCAUAAAAGAGCUGUGGAUGCGGCAGCUGCAUCCCCAGUCCAGGCUGCAGCACGCUCCCACUGACAGCAGGGCAGAAUGCUGGGGAUGUGGUGGCCCACACUGCUGGUCCUGUUUGUCCCCAUGGUGGUGGCCCAGCUGCACCCUGAGCAGGCGCUGGAUAUCCAGUGGGACCUGUGGAAGAAAACCUACCGCAAGCAGUACAAUGGUGAGGCGGAUGAGGUGGCACGGAGGCUGAUCUGGGAGAAAAACCUCAAGUAUAUCAACACUCACAACCUGGAGCAUACACUGGGUGUCCAUACCUUUGAGCUGGCCAUGAACCACCUGGGUGACAUGACCAGCGAGGAGGUGGUGAGGACAAUGACGGGCCUGAAGGUUCCCCAGAGCCGCCCACACCGCAAUGAGACGCUCUACAUCCCUGACUGGACUGACAGAGCCCCUGCUGCUGUGGACUGGAGGAGGAAGGGCUACGUGACUCCUGUCAAGAACCAGGGUCAGUGUGGCUCGUGUUGGGCCUUCAGCUCAGUGGGCGCGCUGGAGGGGCAGCUGAAGCGGAAGACGGGGAAGCUGCUCUCGCUCAGCCCUCAAAACCUGGUGGACUGCGUGGCCAACAACAAUGGCUGCGGUGGUGGCUACAUGACCAACGCCUUUGAAUAUGUCCGGCAGAACCGCGGCAUAGACUCGGAGGAUGCCUACCCCUACAUUGGCCAGGAUGAGAGCUGCAUGUACAGCCCCACUGGAAAGGCAGCCAAGUGCCGUGGCUAUCGGGAAAUUCCUGAAGGCAAUGAGAAAGCUUUGAAGAGGGCUGUGGCCAGGAUUGGACCUGUCUCUGUGGGCAUCGACGCCAGCCUGCCCUCCUUCCAGUUCUACAGCCGGGGUGUGUAUUAUGAUGAGAGUUGUAAUGCUGAAAACAUCAACCAUGCAGUGCUAGCGGUGGGCUAUGGCACGCAGAAGGGCACCAAGCACUGGAUCAUCAAGAACAGCUGGGGCGAGGAGUGGGGCAACAAAGGCUACGUGCUCCUGGCACGCAAUAUGAACAACGCCUGUGGCAUCGCCAAUCUUGCCAGCUUCCCCAAGAUGUGAGAGCUCCCGGCCUGCUCCCUUCCUGUGCCCAUCAGGCUGCCCUGCCCUGCUUCUGUCUUCAGACUCACACCUUUCGUUCUCGGUCUCCAAAGCUGCUGUCGCUCCAGGGGCAUUGCUGCUUCCCCAUGAGAAAUCUCACCCAGGUGAGGGGCAAGUCCCCAGCCACAGAGAAACGCUGCCAUCAGCUCACCCCAGGCCCCAUCAGCAUGAUGUGUGCCCGAUGCCACCUUCCCGGAGCAGUGGAUGCUUGGGGCCAGGCUUGGUCAGCUCCAGGGAGGCUGAUCUGUCUGGAGACGAUUGUGCAAACUGGCUUGGUGCUGGUCUCUGCCUCUGGGAACCAGACAUGGACCUCCCUGUGCCGAGGGUGUGGAUCUGGCCCUCCUGCCCAUCUCCCCCUGCAUCCCAGGGGGCUGUGGAAAAUAUGAUUAUAUUUUUAAAAUAAACACUGUUGGGAAUAAA